UGCCCGGAGCAGGGAGUGGUUGCUCUCAGUCAUUCGGUCUAGAAUCUUCCUUUCUUCUCUCUCCCGGUAUAUCGCCUCCGUCUCUGCGCCUGUUCACUGAGCGACUCUCUCUCUCUCUCUAUCUCUCUGCCAAGGGGUGUUCUGAGGGCACAUACAGCAAUGGUGAAGGCAGUUGCUGUUCUUGCUAGCAAGGAAGGUGUGAGUGGAACUGUCUUCUUUACCCAAGAAGGAGUUGGUCCAACUACUGUUAGUGGAAAUCUGUCUGGUCUCAAGCCUGGGCUUCAUGGCUUUCACGUCCAUGCCCUAGGAGAUACGACAAACGGUUGCAUGUCAACUGGUGCACAUUUUAAUCCUGGUGGAAAAGAACAUGGUGCUCCUGAGGAUGAGAAUCGCCAUGCUGGUGAUCUGGGCAAUGUCAAAGUUGCUGAGGAUGGUACUGCUAGUUUCUCAAUUGUUGACAGCCAGAUUCCUCUCGCUGGGUCAAAUUCCAUUAUUGGGAGGGCAGUUGUUGUCCAUGCAGAUCCUGAUGAUCUUGGCAAGGGUGGACAUGAGCUAAGCAAGAGCACCGGCAAUGCUGGUGGCAGGGUUGCCUGUGGUAUUAUUGGGCUGCAAGGAUAAGCUGUGGCUUGAUUGUUGCAGUAGAUAACAUGUUUGCUCUGUGAACUGAAUUAUAUUAAUAAAAGCAAGCUCUAUCUGAAUAAAGGAGUAAACAUCUAUCUACUUGUUUUUAUCGGUUCCCCUUUCCACAUUUUGAUGUUGCAAGACGUCAACUCUGUUUAUCUACUUGAGUACUAGCGUACUACCACCAUAUCGUUAAGUCUCUGUCUCUUACAGAAGAAUAUGCUGCCACCUCUGAAGUCUGCCCCAUUUGUGUGUUUCGUGGUACUGUUUCUUUGCAUCCUUGUUGUGAGUAAUAUUUCGGUGAAUCCUUAUAUCUAAAAUUUCAAUUUAUGGGCUGCAGGAAUUAAAUUUGUUAGCUUUUCUUUUA